AUUAUCAUACAUAUAUUUUACUGUCCACUGAUUAUUUAUAGUGAAAGGUGCAAGCCAAUUGUUUGUGGGUUUAAACAACUACUUAAAAUUAAAUUUUUCUUAUACAAUUCAUGUUUGAUAUUAAAAUAUUUUGCUAACAUAAAAUAAUUGAAAAUGACCAACGAAGCAGAAAUAAAGAAAAAGGAUGAAAAACCGAUUUUAAAAAGCCGAGAAAAAAGUAUUCGAAAUAAAGCAAAACCUUUAACUAAGGUCAUUGUACGGCGGCUACCACCAACCAUGUCUGAGGAAGAAUUUUUUCAGCAAAUUGAUCCGAUGCCAGAUUGUGAAAGCUAUUAUUAUUGUUUGGCUGAUUGGUCUUUGGGACAGGAAGCAACUUGUCGUGCAUAUUUAAAUUUUAAAAAUCAGGAUGAUAUAUUCUUAUUCAAAGAUCGUUUUGAUGGUUACGUCUUCGUUGACAAGAAAGGUGUAGAAUAUCCAGCUUUAGUUGAAUAUGCACCUUUUCAAGGAUUGCCGAAAAAUCGUUCACGUAAACGAGAUCCAAAAAUUAAUAGCAUCGAGACGGAUCAGCAUUAUAUAAAUUUUCUAGAAAAGUUAAAAGCUGAGGAAAAUGAGAAAAGUGAAAUGAAAUUAGAAUUUAAUUUACAGUCGACAAAGGAUGUUAAGAUAACAUCAACACCUCUUCUUCAAUAUGUGGCAAAUAAAAUGCAAGAAAAACGUGAUGAAAAAAAGAGAAAAGCUGAAGAAAGAAAACAAAGGAGAGAAGAAGUGCGACAAAAGAAAAAGUUAGUAAUCGCCCAGAAAGUUCCACCAGCCAUAAAAGAAGAGGAAAGCAAACCAAAAGAAAUGAAGGAAAAUCAAACAAAAGAAAAGUCGCUUGAAAAAAGGGAUAGUUUCAACAAAAGUGAGGAGCGAAAAGAUAGGAAUGAUCAUAGCGAUCGCAAAGAUCGAAAUGAUCGCAACAAUAGGGAUAACCGGAACAAUCGUAAUGAAAGAUAUGAGAAAGAGAAGCAGGAGCGUGAACGGCGCAAUGAAGAGCGACGGGAAAAAGAGAGGAAGCGAAGACAGGAACGAGAUGAGAAACGGCGACAGGAAAGAGAGAAGCGUGAUCGAGAUCGUAAAGAAAGAAAGUUUCAGGAUGACAAAAACAAAGAAUCUUAUCCAGAAAAAUAUAAUAAAGAUUCAGAAUCUGUUAAACGUGUUGAAGUAAAAAAAUAUAGUGAAAGUCGAAAAGAUAAAAUUAAAUCAAGAGAAGAUACAAAAUAUGGAAAAAAUGAGGAAGUUUUCAAAAAUAAAAAUGACGUUAACAGAUCUGAUUCAAUUAGUUCGGACAAAAAUUCCACUGCAUCAAAUAGUCAAAGUGGUGAAAUAAAUGAAAAUGUUAAAGAUUUUAUUAUGAAUGCUGCAAUAAUAAAAGAUUUAUGUUCCAAAUCAAAUGGAAUAAAGGCUGACAUAGACACUAAAGAUGUUCCUGCAAUGCCGGAGAAUGAGAAAACCACUAAUAAUUUGAAUGAAGUAACUGAAAAACUUGAAAAGAUUUCUCUUGGCCAGAUUGAGAACAAAAAAAAAAAAAUUGAAAAAUCAUCGGAUAAGCAAGACAUUCUUGACAAUGACAAAAUAUUACAAGAUUAUGAUGCUACACGGUCUAGUAGACGUGGGUCGCGGUCCAGUUCGAGUGCAAAUGAGAAAAAUGACAAACCAUCUAAGGAUGAUAGGGAACUUCGAAGAAUUCGCAACAAGGAUCGCCCCUCUAUAGAAAUAUAUCAACCUGGACGUCUGAGAUUUGCACGUGGUAAUAGUGAUGGAAGAGCUAGUGCUGAGCCAAAGGAGACUAAAAGUAAUCCAACAUCAGAUGGCGAAUGUGGCAAGAAAAUUGAAAAGGUUGAAAAGAAAGAUGAAACGAAUGUUAAAAGAAAAGUUAGUCGCUAUUCAGAGAGAACUCGAUCUGGAAGAGUUAGAGAAAAAUCGGAAAAAUCAGAAUCUGAAAACAAUAUUAGAAGAAAAUCAGAAGGAAAUAUCCGAUCACCUGAAAAUAAUUUAGAAGAUCUUGAUAAUCACCAAGUAAAUCAAGUAAAUCAAGACCAACAGCAGAAUGAAAAAGAAGAAAAAUUUGAGAAUGAAAUAAAAAUUGAGACAGAUAUUUCAAUUGAAGAAAAUAAAACUGUUGAAAAUAUUGAGUAAUCCUAAUACCAUUUGGACAUCAUUUUUAUUCUAUCAUAUUAUAAUUACAUUAUAUAUUAUAAUUUUUAGUUAUUAAAACAAAAAUAUAAAUUUUGUUACGUUACUCAUACUCAUUGUAAAAUUUCAAAUUUGUAUUAAUUUUUCCUUUACUGAAU